AUGGCGCAGCAGCCGGAGAAUUUGAGCUUCGUGACGCCGCUGUUGCGGUGGCCGACCGCGCCGCUGACGUCUGGGAAGACGUGGCGAGCGAUCGCGUCGAACGCGGUGGCGGUGAUUUUGGGGAUGACGGCGCUGACGCUAUUUUUAGGGUUUACGGACAUGGGGUUGGUGGCGAUGAAGACGGCGGUGGCGGCGAAAUUCGGCGUUGGCGCGGCGGCGGGGUGA